UCCGCCUCCAACAGUGAUGGAGUAUAUGGGUCCGAGCCCCCGGACCCACAUACUCGGAAGAACAGAAAGCACAUACACUGAGUGGCGCCCUCGUCGGCCAAGGGACCCCCGUCGGCCGAAAAGGUGUCAACUCAGAUUAUGGUCCUGAGCCCAAGGAGCCCGGGUGCCCUCGUCGGCCGCGCCCUCGUCGGCCGUGCCCUCGUCGGCCACGCCCUCGUCGGCCACAAAGACCUCACAAAACCGGAUUUUACACUUACUUAUUUGUACAGCCCAUUAGUGGCUUUGUAUUCGGCCCAGUAGCGGUCCAGUUGUAAAUGGGCCUCCCUAGCCCAAGGCUUGGGAGCCCAGCCCGUAUUUUCUCUAUAAAUACUCCCUUUGGGAGUAGUUAUAGGGGUUACAAAUUCAUUCUAUUGAAGCAUAUUAUUGCACUUCUCUCUCUAGCUCUCACUUCUCUCUAGAUAUACUCUAUCAUUUGGUGCUCUCGUUGAGAGCUAGAACAAUCAAGUUAGCACCCUUCGUCGCUACCAAGCACAGCUAACCACUGAUCAUGGGAAGAACUAAGUCAAACCGCAACCUCGUCAGCAAGGCCAUCCCUGAGGACCAAGAGCCCAGGGAGCACGAUGAGGACGCCACGGCCGACCAGGUCGGCGGAGGGGACCUCUUCCAGGAGGCCUUCAACCUCACAACGGACCUCCGAAACCAACUCAACGGCGGAGCCCCUGAUGCCCGCCUCGGCCUGGACAAGAAACGAGCUGAGAAGACGGAUCACGCCCCGGCCCAGCCUAUGGCCGCGGCCUCUCCGUCCGUGGAUCCACAGGUCCAGGCCGCGCUGUCGGUCAUCAUCGUCAGCCUGGCUCAGAACCCCACCGUCCUCAGCGCACUCUUGCCAAGGACCGGGGGGAACGUCACUCAACCUCCUCAGCCCCAACCGUUGGCCGACCAGAUAGGCAACGAUGAGGGGGUAGUGGCCCAGGACACGGCGUCGUCCCACUCCCACCCUGCUUCCCCUCUUCGGCCCGGGCAGACCCCAGCGCGUGGAAAAGCCUCUGCCUUCAACAGGCUAGGCGACACGCGCCGUCGUCCGGUUUCGGAGAGGAUGGCGGGACGGAUUGGUGAGCGUCGUCCUGGCUCGCCGAGGGAAAGCUUGGGGUCUGUGUCCCGGACAGCGGACCAGCCCCGCCCGGACAGGGGCAAGGGGAAGCUGCACGAAGACGACGUGCGCCACCAGAUCAAUGCGGCUCACGGCGAGCGCAUGAGGAACCAGCCGGGCACCGCUGCGGCCGCCAGGGACCCCCGGGACGAGGUCAUCGCCCAGCUGGAAAGGAGGCUGGCUCAGAUGGAGGCCAAGCAGUCGGCCAACAUCCCUACGGCCGGCGCCUCCAACGACCCCGGCCUCAACGCGCUCAUGAAUAAGGUUAGCGCUCUGGAGAGGGAGCUGGCCGAGGGGCGAGGUGACCCCAUCAUCCAGGUCAGGACCAGGACCCCUUUCACCAACAGGGUCCUCUCGGCCCCCAUCCCGGAGAAGUACAAGGGGAACUUCAUCAAGUCCUACGACGGCCGAUCAGACCCCCAGGAACACUUCAGCCGUUAUCAGAACAACAUGCUGAUGGUGAACGCGUCCGACGAAUACCUCUGCCGUUGGUUCCUCUCUACUCUCAAGGGGCCAGCGUACGAGUGGUUCAACGCGCUCCCCGAAGGGAGCAUCGACUCAUGGCAGGAUCUCGCCCAACGCUUCCUCACUCACUUUGCCGGGAGGAAGCGUGCGAAGAAAUAUUUCACCCACCUCCUCUCCGUCAAGCAGCAGCACGAGGAGCCCCUCCGAGCAUUCAUCGAUCGGUGGACGAGAGAAACCGAGGAGGUCGAGGGGGCCGAUGAGCGCACCCUCCUCGCCUUGUACCAAGGAGCCCUCCGCAGCUCCCCAUACGCUAGGAGCCUUAUCACCGACCCUCCGAGGUCGUACGCCAAGGCGCUCCAGCGUGGAGGCUUGUACGCCGACGCCGACGAGCUCCAUAAUCACAAGAGAGAGGGGGGCCAUCCCUCCAAGAAGACAAAUCCUUCGCCGGCCCCGGGUCCGUCCCCGGCCGGCCAGGGUACCCAGGGCCGUCACGGCUCUGGUGGACAGAGUAAGAAAGAUCGCCACUGGCGGCCAAGGUUGGAACGGCCGGGAGUCUCCCUCACUCACCCGGUCGGCACCAUCCUCGAUUAUGCCGAGAAGCACAGCCUCAUUGAGCAGGCUCCUCGACCGGCCGAGGAGAUCCUUGCCAUCCAGCAGGGCGGCACAUACUGCCGGUUCCACAAGAACUCGUCGCACAACACCGACGAUUGCAUCACACUGAAGAAGGCCAUCGAGCGCCUUAUUCGCCAGGGGGAACUCUCCCAGUUUGUUAAAGGUGUCCCACGCAAAAACACAUGGGUAAACACCGGCAAACAUGGGGGCGAACCCUCUGCGAAGAAGCGAGAGAUUGGUAGGCUCAGCGACGACGAGGACUUCGAAGAGCCCCCGCCAAAGAAGAAUGACAUUCACCUCAUCGUAGGUGGAAACACUGGGGGGGACUCCGCCACUCAGAGAAAGAAAUGGGCCCAAUCCCUCUACAUAGGGGAGGUGUCCCACGUUCCCCCCCAGCCGAAGAGGCAGCGGACGGAGGCGAUCACCUUCACCGACAAGGAUUUGCCUCCGGGUACGGAAUCACACAGGGACGCCCUCGUCAUCCGGUGUGAGAUCGGUGACUCCGUCAUCCACCGCACUUACAUCGAUACGGGGAGCUCCGUCAACGUGAUGUACCUGGAUACCUUCAGGCAGCUGAAGCUGGACAGAGCUCUGCUGAAGCCGAUCAAGACACCGUUAUCCGGCUUCCCCGGGGACUCUAUCGACGCCGAGGGCACGAUAGUCCUCCCCGUGGAGGUCGGUGACGGCCCCCACCACGCCAGGAUUGACAUGGAGUUCAUGGUGGUCAACCUCCAGUGCGCCCACAACCUGAUCUUGGGCCGGCCAGCGCUGGAGGACUUGGAGGCCAUCAUCUCCAUGAAGCACUUAUGUCUGAAGUUCCCUACCAAUGACGGCAUCGGCUACGCCAGAGGAAACCAGAGGAUAGCCAGGGCGUGCUACCUCAAACUAACGAGGCCGGCCGAGAGGGAAGGCCAGAGGAUAGACACCAUCACGGCCGCCGUCGCCACGGACGAGGAGAGGCCACAUGCGGAGCCGGUCGAGGAGGUCGAGGAAAUCCCUCUGGAUACCUCCCGGCCGGAUCGGGUUCUCAGAGUCGGGAAGCAACUCCCCCAGGACCAACGAGACGCCAUCCUCCUCGUCCUACGGUCGUACGCCGUUGUCUUCGCGUGGGGCCCGGACGAUAUGCCAGGCAUCAGCCGCAAGGUGAUCACUCACCGGCUGACCGUCGAUCCGGCCUCCGCGCCCGUCAAACAGAAGCGGCGCUACUUGUCCGCCGACAGGCGGGACUUCGUCAAAGGGGAGGUCGCCAUGCUCCUCUCAAUCAAACACAUUAAAGAGGUGAAGUACCCGACGUGGUUGGCCAACGUCGUCCUCGCCCAGAAACCGCCGACGUUUAGAAUGUGUGUUGAUUACACUGACCUGAACAAGGCGUGCCCCAUGGACCCGUUCCCUCUCCCCAACAUUGAUCAGCUGGUGGACGAGACGGCGGGGUGCGAGUUGAUGUCGUUCCUCGACGCUUUCAGAGGGUACCACCAAAUCUCCAUGCAUGAAGAUGACACUGAGAAGACGGCAUUCAUGACCCCAGAGUGAAUCUUUUGCUGCCUCGUCAUGGCCUUCGGACUAAAAAACUCCGGCGCCACCUACACUAGGAUGGUGGCCAAGAUCUUCAGAGCGGUCCUUGGCCGGACGAUGGAGGCGUACGUCGACGACAUGAUCGUUAAGAGCAGGCAGGCCUCCUCCCACGCCGACGACCUCCGGGAAAUAUUUGAAAUCAUGAAGGAGUUCAGGCUCCGGCUCAACCCCAAGAAGUGCGCCUUCGGCGUCCAGGGUGGCAAGUUCCUCGGCUACAUGGUCAGCCGGAGAGGCAUCGAGAUAAACCCGGAGAAGAAGUAGGCCAUCAUCAACAUGGAGCCGCCCUUAACGUCAAGGAAGUACAACGACUGACGGGGCGCCUGGCGGCCCUGAACCGGUUCCUCUCCAGGUCAGCCGAGAGGGCACUCCCUUUCUUUCAGAUCAUGCGUAAGGCCAACAGCUUCAAGUGGACGACGGAGUGCCAGGAGGCAUUCGACGAAUUGAAGCGGUACCUGUCGUCCCCACCCGUGCUCUCCAAGCCCAAAGCCGGCGAAACCCUCUUCUUGUACUUAGGGGUGAGCACGUCGGCCAUCAGCUCCGUGCUCAUCCGUGAGGACGAAGGGGUGCAAAAGGCCAUCUUCUACAUCAGCAAGACACUCAGGGAGGCCGAGCUCAGGUACUCCCCCAUUGAGAAGACGGUGCUGGCCAUCGUCCAUACGGUGAAGAAGCUGGGACACUACUUCCAGGCCCAUGCCGUCCAUGUGCUAACCCAGCAGCCUCUCGGCGCACUCAUGAGGAGCCCCACCAGCUCCUCCAGGAUGGUGAAAUGGGCGAUCUUCCUCAGCCAAUUUCAAAUUGAGAUCAAGCCAAGGCCAUCUAUCAAGGGGCAAGCCUUGUCCGACUUCGUCAUUGAAUGCACAGCAAGGGAGACGGCCGUCGCCAACCCCGGGCCGGAGCCGGACGAUACAUGGACCCUGUUCACUGACGGCUCGUCGGCCGCGAAAUCAUGCGGCGGCGGCGUCCUCAUAUCCCCUGAAGGAUUCAGAGCUUACUAUGUCAUCCGCUUCAACUUCAAGGUAUCCAACAACGAAGCCGAGUAUGAGGCCCUCCUCAGCGGUCUCACACUCGCCGCCGACCUCAAGGCCAAGCACCUCAAAAUCAAGUGCGACUCCAAACUGGUAGUGGGCCAGGUGGAGGGAUCGUACGAAGCAAAAGAAGGCCGAAUGAAGCAGUACAAACAAGCGGCGGAGGAGUUGCUGAAAGCGAAUGAAACCCACGAGAUCACUCAGAUCCCAAGGGCCGAGAACGCCGAAGCCGACAUCCUCUCCAAACUCAGCUCGGACACCCCGGAGCACAUCUCCCAGUUGGCCAAGAUCGAGGAGUUGAGCAUGUCCAGCAUCCAUGCCAGCCCCAUCUUGUGCGUCCAACAGUGACCAGAGGACUGGAUCUCCGACAUCGCCACCUUCAUCACAGCGGGGGAGCUGCCCCCGGACGCGGAGAGGGCCAAACUUGCCAAACUCAGGGCCCCAAGCUACACCAUCGAAGAUGGCAAACUCUACAAACGGUCCUAUAAUGGCACUCUCCUCCGAUGCCUGCACCAGGACGAGGCCGACAUGGCCAUGGAAGAAGUUCAUUGCGGCGUCUGCUCCUCGCACCAGGGUCCUUUCAGCAUGUCCCGACGUCUCGUCGUCUAGGGCUUCUUCUGGCCGACGAUGGCGCGAGACUGCGCGGAUCUGGCCAGGAGGUGUACCACGUGCCAGGUGCUCCAGAAGGCCCCUGGUCGGCCAGCCGUCAACUACGCCCCCGUCAGCACUGCAAUUCCAUUCUCUAGAUGGGGGAUUGACCUGGUCGGCCCUCUGCCCAGAGCCGCCGGGAACAACCGCUACAUCAUCGUCGUCGUCGACUACUUCACCAAGUGGGUCGAGGCAGAACCCCUGGCCAGCAUCACGGGAGCCAGAUGCCAAAAAUUUGUUUACAAAAACAUCAUCACACGCUUCGGCAUCCCCCAGGAGAUUAUAUCAGACAACGGCACCCAAUUCGAGGCAGCCCCUUUCCAGGAGCUCCUCCGGGAGUUUGGGGUAAAGCAUCGUUUCUCCUCCGUUGCCUACCCUCAGGGCAACGGGCAGGUCGAGAACGCCAACAGAACAAUAAUGGAGGGGCUGAAGAAGAAGCUCCAGGCCGCAGGAAGUAGUUGGGUCGACGAGCUCCCCAACAUCCUGUGGUGCUACAGAACCACACCGAGGAGGGCGACGGGUGAAACACCUUUCGCCCUAUGCUACGGCUUCGAGGCAAAGGCGCCCACGGAAGUUGCCAUCCCCAGCCGACGGGUGGAACGAUAUGAGCCUGACGCCAACGAAGAGAACAUGAAGAUUGACCUGCACCUGGUCGAUGAAAGGCGUGAGCAAGCUUACGUCCGAGCAGAGAACUCCCGGCGUCAAGUAAAAUCAUACUAUGACGCCAAGGUACGCUUCCGGGAAUUUCAGGUGGGGGACUACGUCCUCCGCCGAAGGGAAGCAAGCCAGGCGACAGAGGGUGGCAAGCUAGCAUUGAAGUACGAAGGGCCCUACAUCGUCAGUGCCGUGGUCAAACCCGGCACCUACAAGCUUAAACGCCCGAAUGGGUCCAAUGUACCACGAACAUGGAAUGUACACCAUCUGGUGAAGUUUUAUCAGUAAUCCGAAGGAGGUGUAGACGGCGAAGCCCUCACCUCUUAACGGGUCACUGAUUGAAUGCCACCCUCGGCCUCGAGCCACUUAUGAAUAAAAUCAUGUUCCUGAUUUUUUCUCUGGAAUUUAAAGUAAAACAUUAGCAGGUGCCCCGUCGGCCACCUUAGAGCGAAAGGCUCAGGCAUGGCCGACGUGGCCCCUUGCAUUUGCAGCCUACGAGCGACAAGCUCUGGCACUCCAUUGUAUUUUGUAUCAGCGAAGGGCUCAGGCCUAGCUGAGAGAGCACAUCGUCCUGGCCCCGUAAGCCUAGAAGUGAAACGCUCAGGUAUGGCCGACGAUUUCCCCAGGACGAGGGGCCCGCAAACGGCCCACGUCUUGAAACGGGAAGCUCACCGCGUCGUCCACGCGCUAGAUCGCAGGACGACACGCCUGAAAUCAUGGCCGAGGUGACAAAAUCCCAAAACUCAGGGAAGGGCAACGACAGCCGUUGGAAACCGACCAAAAGUCUAGUCCGCGUCAUAAAUAGGCGACGGGACCCGCCCUGAGAUUACGGACGUUAUAAACGAAGUCCGAACCGACCGAAGGACGAGCACACCCUUCGGCCGAAGCCUGAAAGAAGGAUACUCCCCGAAAGCAAAAAAAAAAUAUACAAGGGAAAAAGAGGGAAGCCGACGGCCGUGCACAUUAGCCGGCCUCGAGCAAUGAAAAAAUAAAAUCCCCACAACUCAGGCCAACUAGGCCAAGUACAUAUCAGUUCAACACAAGUAUAGUACCACUGACAGGUAAACAUGGACGACACGUCCACGCACCACAAGGGAAUGGUCAAGGCCGAAACAUACGCCUAUAAAACCCUAACCAAAUCGGUUGGGUGACACGCGAGAGGUAACCUUCAUCGGCCACAGCCCUUUGAAGCACCAACGCUCGGUAUGAAACAAAGAACCACAAUCCUGAGGAUGACUAGGACGAAGCGGGCACUUAUCACACCCAUGGAGGAAUCAAGCAAUCAAGAAACAAUCCCUACUUGCCACAGCACCCCGGAUAGCCGAUACAGGCACUGGAACCAUGGCUGUUGGUCAAGCGAAAGUUCUUUGGGAAUUUGUUCAAGUGUUUACCAAACACUUAGAGAAUUCUGAGGAAAAAAGUUCCUCAAGAAGGAACUAUGCCUUAGCCGAUGAAGGAAGGGUCUUCAUCUUGGGGAAAGCAAGGGGCAUCCUCAUCGGCCACAAAUCCAGACCUGUGGCCGAUGAUGGUAAGGCCACCUCCUAGCCGGCAGCGGUACCACAAAGAAGGAACUCUGUCUUACAUUUAUACUUAGAAAAAUCUCUAAGUACUUAAAUGGAGGAACUGUAGACGAAGCGGGUACCUGCAUACUCCAAGGUCGUUAGCUACCUACGCCUCGCAUAUGUACUUAGAAAAAAAAUCUAAGUUCAAAAAAGUAAAGUGAAGGUGCCCUUAUCGGCCACAGCACAAGGAUCCAGGUCGACCCUCAUAAUCAGCUCAGAAACAAGGGAACACGACGGCCAUGAAAAAAAGUACUGGGCCGACAACGACACUGGUUCAAACACUUGGGAAAUCUCCCAAAGCAUUUGUCAACAAUGAGAAAUCCAAUGCCAGGACGAUGAGAACACCCAUCCACUUGAAGUUAGACACUCAGAAAAAUUCUAACAAAAAAAAGAAGAAUGGGACAACGCCAGGACGGAGCGGACACCACGGUCAAGGCCGGAAAGGGAAGCACCUAAGUGGAUCCAAAACACUUAGGAAAUUUUUGGAAAAAAAAAUCCUAAGUGUUAUGAUAGUACAGCAACACCGUGCAGGCCGACCAAGCCACCAGACCGGAAAGGAAGCAACUACGUGGACCCAAAACACUUAGGAAUUUUUUGAAUAAAUCCUAAGUGUUAUGAUAGUAAAGAAACGAUGGCCAGGCCGACCAGGCCACCGGACAGGAUGGACUACCCCACGGACGUAACGGACAAUAGCGGGUGACCCAAGUUGUAACCUUGACACUUAGACAAAUUUCAGAAGUGAAAUGACAAAAGGCAAUAAGCAUACAAGGAAUUCAAAGCCGAAGCAGGACAGCAAAAAUUUCCAUUCAUAAUCAAAUUAGUACAAUGGGGGGCACUUCGGCCAUUACAUCAAUUCGGCAAAAAAUGAAAAGCUAAUUACAAGGGAGCGGGGAGUAGCCGAUCAAGCCUCUUGGGCAUCUCCAUCCGCGGCUGGCUCUUCGACGUCCUCGGCUCCCUCCUCGGCCUCAGCCUCCUAGCCGCCGGCAGCCGCAGCACUGGUGGCAUCGUCGAGGAAAUCAAACUACGUGUAAUCCGGCUCGCCGAGGCCGGAACUCUCAAUGGGGGACUCGCGCUCCGACAGCGGAAGCUUGGCCUGCUCUUCAGGAUCCUUCAUCAGCUUUGGAAGCUUCAGGUUCCGUCUAGCCCACCCAGACGUGUAAUUCAUGGCCUUCAAAGCACGAGAUAGCCGCCGACACAGGAGCCUUUGCAUCCGCUCCUGGCCCAUGUUAUAGUACACGGCCAUCUCUCUGCUGAAAUACUCCUGGUCGGCGGGGGAGUUCAUCCCUCAAUCUUCAAGCCUGGCGGCAACCACCUCAUAGCACCAGGGGAGCCUCUCAUCGGCCUUCCACCCUUCGGCCAGGACCUGCUCAAUGGCCUUAUCAGCAGCCUUCACAGCGACAGCCUCGGCCUCAGCUCUCGCCUUCACGGCUUCCUCGUUCUUGCGCCGCUCGGCCUCAAGCGCCCUUUGGCUCUCUUCGAGUUUGACCAGGGCAUCGUCCCUGGCUGCGGCGGCCUCGUCGGCCUUUUGUUGCAACGCCUUAGCAUCCUCCCGGAGCCGAUCCAGGCAAGCUACCGCCUCAUCGGCCGAGGCAGCCUUCUGCUCCAGCUCUUUCAAACGAGCUAUCUCCCGAUAUUGCCUCUUGUGGCUCUCCAUGAGCAUAAAGGCACUCUGCAGAAAAAAGGAAAACGAAACUCAGGCAAAGGACUCUACACGGACGACGAGAAAAACGACACAUAAGAAGGAAAAUAACUUACUUGGACGAGGAGGUCCAUGCCGCCCUCGUACACCUUCACGUCCCCGAGCUUCUUCAGGUAAGCCCGAUCUUUGGCCGGCAUGGCCUGGGCCAGCACAUCAUGGCCGAGGACGGCAUCGUCAAACACACCCCCGCCGACGGGGUAUUCCACCACCUUCUGGUAGGUGGCAGCGGCGAUCUCCUUGCCAGCCCUCUUCGUCCGUGGCUCAUGAACGAUAGGGAGCGAUUGGGCGGCAUCACUUGGAGCAGCAGUAAGGUCCACGAGGGGACCACUAUCGUCCACGCUCGGGACAGUCAGAGUACUGGCCUCGGUAGCAGGGGAAGGAAACGGUGCCCUCUUCGUCUUCUUGGCGACGUUCAGGCCGGCCUCAGUCAAUUUUUUCUGGCCGUCAGUGGCCGGCCUCUUCUUCUUCGAUUGGGCAGGCUUUGGGGCCGCACCAGCAGUAGCCCCGCUUCCCUCGGCCGCGGCACGUCUGGCCGCCUCGGCCGCCUUAGCAGCCAACUCCUCGGCCGCUUUGGCCUUAGCAAUAGCCAUUAUGGAACGACGAUCCAUGACAAAAUCUACAAAGGAAAAACAACACAUUAGCAAGGAAAAAGAACAAAUCAUAAAGGAAGAAAGCCGAAGAAAUAAUUACCAUCGGCCUCAGCAGGAAUGCCCAAGUCCGGACCGUCGGCCUCUUCGAAGGUGGUGGUCAUCCUCGGCCAGAGUUGGAUGUCAUCCUCCUUAUCGCCAUACACAUGGUAUCUAAAGAAGCCGAGGGCGGUCAUCUUGUAUUCAGUAAUGUAAUCCUUCACGCUCCUCGGUCCCCCUUCCAGGAAAGCCUCCACCUGAGCGUCCAAGAUAGAGCUCUUCGGCGGGUCAUGGAGAUUGAACCUCCCGGUAUGGCCGAGAGAGGGAAACUCGGUGCCACUCUCACCAAGGGAUACAAAAACGAACUUGCUCUUCCACCCAUGAAUGGGCGAAGGCAAGUCCGUGAAGCUCCUCUUCUUCGGCAGCUGUUGAAGAGUAGCAUAGGCCGCACAGUUCUUGUGGCUUCCUCGGCCGAUCUGGUACAGAUUCAUGAAUAGGGCCGUCGUCGGCCUGUAGCCCAGCUCCUCACAGCGGAGCAGAAACCCCACCAUCAAAGAAUAGCUGUUCGGCGUCAGCAAGGCCGGAGGGAGCCCGAUCAUGUCAAGGUAUUCAGUGAUGAAGGGGUGAAGGGGAAACCUCAACCCCUUAGCGAAACUCAUCGGGUAUACUCCAAAGUAUCCCGGUGGCGGAAGAAGAACAUGGUCCGUCGGCCUGGGUGCCCUAACCCGCCCGAACGGCCCCACGUACAUCUGGGCAACAAGGUAGUCGGCCGCGCUGCUCUCCGGCUUAAUCAGGAAGAUAUUUGUGAGAUCCAGAUAGGAGAUGCCAGGCCCACUCUUCGGCCUCCUUAUCCUUUUCGGCUUACCGGCUCCCUUAACGGCGGACACCGGCCUCGAGCACGGAAUAACAGCUGAAGUGGACGCCCCGUCCACCACUCGGGACGCAGCUGCGUCCUCACCUUUUGAAGAUGAGGCGGACUCCUCGUCCUCACCCUCGUCGUCCACCGGCUCUUCGGAUUUGUAGGGACUUAAGUGUUGUAUCUCCUCCUCGAACUCCUCGAGCACCUCAUAGUCGAGUGACCUAGUGGAGGGCUAGUCGUCGUACGGAUAGUAGUCUUCGUUCAAGCUCUUCAUCAUAACUACUACUACGAGCCUAAGGAGAUUAACUUAGGAUCUAAGGGUGUUCAAGCGCCUAACACUAGAUCACUAGCCUAGGAAGCAAAGUAUGAAAAGUGCAGAAGAUUGCGAUGAACACUAACCUUGAACACGAAGAACACGAAGAACAAGCUUGUGAGUUUAUCUCUCUAGAAAAUUGGCCAGCACUUCGACAAAUUCAGAAUACAAAUGAGAGUUUUGGUCGAAGGGGGAGGGGUAUUUAUCGAACCCCCCACCCAACGGUCACUACACGUGACAUCCUCCCAAUGGCCACAUCAACGGCCACCAAUGGGAGGCCACCACGUCACCAACGGGCCAAGCUACAUAUCAACAGCCCACCGGCAAAUCAGACUCUACGGCCUACACGCUUGCCGGCUUUACAAAUGCCAACAAGCGCCCACAACGGCCUACUUGCCUGCAAGAUCACAGAUGUCAGACAAUGAGGGGAUGCCAACGGCUAGGAACGUAAUGAGAGCCCGUAACGACCACAGAACCAAAGGAACAAAGAACCCACAGCCAUCGGCUCCUCGUAAUGACCCUUGAUGAUAACUCUCUACAAGCGAUCUGCGCACAAGGGUUCUCCCACAGGGUUACCUUGGCCAAAAAAUCGCCAUGAGAGUUGGAUUCAGGGGGACUACGGAGAGACCGUUUUGGCCAGGGACUAAAGCAACUCCUUCACCCCUCACGCUCUUCGGCCUGAAGCAGUGGGGGACUGGGGGACUACACCGGCCUCAACAAAACAAAAGGAAAAAAUGCAAACACAAAUGUAACAAAGCAUGGCCACAUCGGCCAUACAUCACACUGCGCCUCGUCGGCCAAAGGCACAUAACGUCAUCAGCAACGGCCAACUGGCCACCUAAGGUAAGGACACUCAUCGUCCUCCGCCAACAGUUAAUCAUGAUGGGCUCUUCGGCCAGGGACACGAAAGCCAGUCAGCUACGGCCAAAAAGAGUGCGCAAGCACCCUUACCGGCCACCCAAAGGAAAGGACGCCAUCGUCCUCGAAGCAAGGAUCAACCUCAACGGCCUCAUUGGCCCAAAGGUAAACUUCAGCCAUCAACGCCCAAGAAAAACGUGCCUUCAACGGCCACCAUGGAAAGCAGGACACUCAUCGUCCCAAAACGAAGACAUCAAGUAAACAACGGCCUCCUCGUCCACAACAAGGAGCAGGUAACGGCCAAGCACGGGAUCACCAAAAUGGAAACAGCGCCAACGCCGCAACAGCUAACGGCCCGGGAAUGCCCGCAUUGGCCAAAAGCACCAAAGCACGGGAAUCUACUCUCCUUCACUUCGUCGGCGUCUCAGCUUAGAGAGUGGGGGACUCCUGAUGGAGUAUAUGGGUCCGAGCCCCCGGACCCACAUACUCGGAAGAACAGAAAGCACAGACACUGAGUGGCGCUCUCGUCGGCCAAGGGACCCCCGUCGGCCGAAAAGGUGUCAACUCAGAUUAUGGUCCUGAGCCCAAGGAGCCCGGGUGCCCUCGUCGGCCGCGCUCUCGUCGGCCGUGCCCUCGUCGGCCACGCCCUCGUCGGCCACGCCCUCGUCGGCCACGAAGACCUCACAGAACCGGAUUUUACACUUACUUAUUUGUACAGCCCAUUAGUGACUUUGUAUUCGGCCCAGUAGCGGUCCAGUUGUAAAUGGGCCUCCCAAGCCCAAGGCUUGGGAGCCCAGCCCGUAUUUUCUCUAUAAAUACUCCCCUUGGGAGUAGUUAUAGGGAUUACAAAUUCAUUCUAUUGAAGCAUAUUAUUGCACUUCUCUCUCUAGCUCUCACUUCUCUCUAGAUAUACUCUAUCAAACAGUUGCAUCCUAGAAAGCCCAAAAAUCGUUGUCAUUAAGAUCUCCCAUGGUGUCUUCCAAAGAGCGACGACAAUCGAUUCACCACGCCAAAAAAACAAGCUUCACCGUCGUCCUUAGCCAGAAAAGCGGAGAAGACCACCUGCGAGAAAAGAGCGGAGAAGAAAAUGGGGGAGUGGGUGCGUUGAUUUUCUGUGGGAGGGAGACUGGCGCGUGUGGGAUUGAGGUGGGGAAACAUGUCUUCUUGUUGGCUUUUGGAUUAGAAACAUUGAUAUGAAGAAUUGCAAGAAUUACCUUCUCACAUCUUAGAUGAUCGGCUAACAAGGCUGUUCAUGUCAUAGUAAGGGUGGCGGAUACUAUAACUGAUUGCCGAAUUUAAUUAUUUAAUCCCUCUAGCUCUAUUAGCGAUGUACCCUAUUAAAAUUUAAUCAAUACUAGUUGAGUUGUUAUAUUGCAAAAGAUAAUGUAUUGUAAAAAAAUUAAAAUUACUUUAAAAUCCGGUUUUUUAGGUUAACUAAUGUUUCAUCGACCCACCUCUAGACUAAGGUUUCCUAUGUUGGGCGGGAUAUUUUGGUUUUCAC